AUGGCCUGUAAUUUUCUUCCAUCACCAAAGGACUACUCAGAUGAAGAAGACUACAUAGACAUUGAAGUGAACUCUUGCUCUUACUUUUCAUCAUGUCCAAAGUCUAAAGUAUCUCCCCUCAAAACAGAGAAUUUGAGUUUCAAAUGGCCUCAAUUACCAAUGACAAAAAAAACCACAACUUCCCAUGCUGAUGAACUCUUCUGCAAAGGAAAACUUCUUCCUCUUCACCAAAAACUACUUCAAGCAGAGAGCAGCAUAAUAUUUCCAACAUCCCCAUCACAAUCUUGUAGGGAGAGUUUUGAACUUAAUUCAAAUGAACACUUGUUUGAGUGGUCGAGUACUGAACUCACCACUAGUAGUUCCAUGGAUAAUAGUCCUAAGAAAGUUUGGUCUAACAAGCUCAAUCUCAUUAAACAUUCUUUAAUCAGCCAAAAGUUCAAAGUUUUAAGGGCAUUUCUCAAAUCUUUGUUUAGCAAAUCUUCUUGUUCAAAUGGUAACAGUUGUUCAAGUAAAGACAUGAAUUUGUCCAAGAAAAAAAAACCCUUUGAAAUAUACUAA